AUGGACAAAGAGACUGCAAAGGUAAAACAAAUUGAUGCUACAAAUAUUGAAAUCUCUGAGUCAUCAGUCAACAUUGUUGAUUCUCCGAAUAUUGAGAUACUAGCACAAGUUGAGAAACGUGAUACCAUCCCAGAUGCUACUCAGCAUAACAUUGAGAAACUGGCAGAAGCAAAAGCAGAAGAAGAGGCAUUCGUGGAUUUUACAGGUGAGAUGGCCAAAACCCAUAUAGCCAUCUUCCCUGUGAGUAGGGCAAUGGGUCAUUUCCUCCCACUAGCGGCCUUUGCAGAGCGCCUCUGCAACUUUGGUGGCUUCUCCAUCACCUUCAUUAUUAGCAAGUGGAAGUGGGGAUCUCAGCAACCAAUUCUGGUACAACGAUUGGCCUCUUCCGGCCUGGACAUCCGCUUUAGAGAGAUCCCUGAAAGCACCGUAGAUGAAAAUGAGCAAGACCUAAUAGUCUUUCAGAAAGCAAAGCCACACAUCCAAGAGCUUCUACAGUCGUUGCAUUCCUCUUCGCCCAUCUCUUCCUUCGUUACAGAUUUCUUCUGUACUGACCUGCUCGACUUUAGCGCCAGUCUUAACAUACCAUCUUAUUUAUUUUCUCCAAGCUCUGCUUCUUUUGUUUGCUUCAUGUUACAUCUUCCCAAGCUCGUCUCGGAGAUUGAAGUUUCCUUUAAAGACUUUCAAUCUGAUGUGGAGAUUCCGGGGCUUCCUCUGAUUUUCGCCAGGGAUCUGCCCAAUCCAGUCCAGGACAGGUCGGUUCCUGUGUUUAAUUGGUUUGUCCACCAAGCCUCCCGCUUCAAGGAAGCAUCAGGGAUUCUCAUUGAUACCUUUGCUGAGCUGGAGGAGGAAGCCAUUAAAGCCCUAAGCGCGGAAGGAAACCCCUGUAUUUAUACGAUAGGCCCCUUGAUGUUCUCAGAUUCUGAGGCUCUAGACGAGUCAAGGUGUCUGGAAUGGUUAGAUCAGCAGCCUCUGUCUUCUGUUCUGUUUGUGGCCUUCGGAAGCAGAGCCGUUUUGUCAAAAGAGCAAAUUACGGAUCUGGCGAUUGGACUAGAAGCCAGCGGCCACCGGUUCCUCUGGGUUCUUCGCGGGCACAAGUCUGGGGAUUCUUCUUCUCCUGAAACUGACAUUUCUCAGCUUUUACCGGAGGGUUUUGAGAUUCGAACCAGGGAUCGCGGGCUGGUGCUUCUUAAUUGGGCACCUCAGAUUCCUGUUCUUUCUCACCCGUCUACUGGAGGCUUCCUUUCUCAUUGCGGGUGGAAUUCUACGCUGGAGAGCGUGUCGCAUGGAGUUCCUAUGAUCGCUUGGCCUCUUUUUGCAGAACAGAGGAUGAACAAGGUCAUAUUGGUGAAGCAGAUUCAGGUCGCCAUAGAUUUGAGGAUGGAAAGCAAUGGAUUUGUGAGGAGAGAAGAAGUGGAAAGAGCAGUGAGGGAAUUGAUGGAGGGAGAGGAAGGAUCAAAGGCUAGGGAGAAAAUGAAAGAGCUGAAGGACAAGGCCAAGAUUGCUGUCAUGGAAGGAGGAAGUACAAUGAAGGCCACAGCCAAUCAAAUACUUUUGAUCGUUUUCUCUGCUCUGUUAAGCUUGGAGGCUAAGCUGGAGCUUGCUUUGGUUGAACUUCGUCUUAUAAUAAUAGCAGGAAUCUAA